CAGUAGCAUGAAAGGGAAUUCUUCCUAAUGGACAACUAUUGAGCCCAUCGGGACUCCUGAGAAAGAUUUUUUGAAAGCUUGAGCCACGUCGGACUGGAAUCAUGUUAAACAAGCCAGUGCUGGUGGAAUCCCUGAUCGUGUUCGUCAUCAUUCUCUUUGUGCACGCAGUGGUGUGGGACCGGUAUUCCUGGUGCGCCGUCGCUCUCGCUGUCCAGGCUUUUUAUGUCCAAUUCAAAUGGGACCGUCUGCUGCAGCUGGGUGGGGCUGUAUUCCAGUUCCGUGCAGCAGCGAACAGUGGCCUCCUGCCAGCUAGCAUGGUCAUCCCCUUGUUGGGGAUAGCGAUGAAGGAGAGGUGCAAGUCUGCCGGCAUCGUGUACUUCGAACGUUUUGGCAUAGUUGUAGCUUCCACUGGCAUGCUGGUUGCUCUCUUUCUGUCUGUAAUAGCGGUUGGCAUCACAAAACCUGUGCCAACCAACACCUGCAUACUCACUGGUGUUGCUGGCAGUAUAAUUAUCUAUACCAUGAAGCACUCUUUGACUGUUUCAGAGGUGAUAGAGGUCCUAGAAGUGCUGCUAAUUUUUGUCUACCUCAGUAUGAUCUUGCUGUACUUGUUGCCUCGAUGUUUUACUCCUGGAGAAGCAUUGUUAGUUCUCGGAGGUAUAAGUUUUGUUCUCAAUCAGCUCAUUAAACGCUCACUGAAUGUAAUCGAGGGCAGAGGUGAUCCCAUAGACUUUUUCCUUCUGGUAGCAGUUGUUGGAGUUGUUCUUCUUGGGCUUUUUUUCACUGUGCUCUUCAUUUUCAUGGAUUCGGGUACGUGGAUCUCCUCCCUGUUUUUCCACAUGAUGACAGCAGUGUUAGGCUUAGGGGUCAUCAUGCCUUGGCUGUACCGACUGAUCCAGAGGAACCCUUUGUUCUGGCUACUCCAGUUUCUGUUUCAGACACAGACAAGAGUUUACCUUCUUGUAUAUUGGACCUUUUUGGCUGCUUCAGCAUGUGGCGUGGUUUUCUACCAGAAUGCUAAGAGAUCAUCUGAAUCUAAAAAACACCAGGCCUCGACUAUAACCAGGAAAUAUUUCCAUUUCAUUGUUGUAGCUACUUACGUUCCUGGACUAAUUUAUGACCGCCAGCUUCUCUACGUUGCUGCAGUACUGUGUCUGGCAGUGUUUAUCUUCUUAGAGUAUAUUCGGUACUUCAGGAUCAAACCAUUUGGCCAAACCCUUAGGCAUUUGCUGUCUCUCUUCUUGGAUGAAAGAGACAGUGGACCUCUAAUCUUCACUCAUAUUUAUCUCCUCCUUGGCAUGUCCCUCCCAGUAUGGUUGUUCCCUAGAUCUUGUGCUCCUAAAGGUACCUUGUCUGGGGCAGGAGCACUGGUCCCCUACGCUGGGGUACUGGCAGUAGGGGUAGGAGACACCAUUGCCUCCGUUUUUGGUAGUACAAUGGGGGAAAUCAAAUGGCCAGGAACAAAGAAGACCGUUGAAGGGACGAUGACAGCUAUUUUUGCUCAGAUCAUUGCUGUGGCUCUUAUUCUGAUCUUUGACAGCAGCGUGAAUCUGAACUCCAGCUAUGCCUGGAUUCUGGCAUCUGUGAGUUUAGUUUCUCUUUUGGAAGCUUAUACUACCCAAAUUGAUAAUCUGCUGUUGCCUCUCUACCUCCAGAUAAUGUUUAUGGCUUAGAAGCACCUCCAGGAACAAAGGUUUCUUCCUUUCUAGGGAAAAGUGAUAAUAGACUAUGCACUGUAAUGAGUGCUCAAAGCUGAUCUAAACACUGCUUUUGGUACGGCAGAUAAAAUUGUUAAAAACAGAAAUGAAAAAGACCUAUUUAAAAUAAAGGUUUUGUUUUGGUCU